GAUUACAAGUUUUCACGAAUUCCAUCCUGAAGUCCUUGAGGAGAAAGUUACUACGCUUGCAGCUGUCACACAGUCAGUUGAAGCACCCGAUUAUACUCUGUUCACUCGCUUCUCGUCGCUGACCAGACUCAUCCGUAUCGUCGCAUACUGCCGACGUUUCGUACGGCACUGUCGGGCCAAGAUUAAUCGAACAGACUUGUAAGUUGUACCGUUCCUCUCCGCAGAUGAACUCCAUCAAGCGCUGAUGGCCCUCGUGAAGGUCGUACAAGAGGACUGCUUCAGCCACGAAAUCUCGGCUGUCCGGUCUGGUCGGGAAACGGAUCUCAAGAAAUCUCCACUCAUAACCUUGUAUCCGUUCAUCCACGAUGGUCUACUCCGUGUCGGUGACCGGUUGAACCAUUCCUCGUAUCCGUUCACCCAAAAGCAUCCAAUACUUCUACCAGAAUCACACCCACUGACGUCACUGCUCAUAGAUGUUGUGCAUAAGCAACUCCUACACGCGGGUCCUCGUGCGAUGAUAGCACACAUUCGUGAGCAAUUUUGGCCUCUGCAUCUCCGUAACUUGGCACGGCGGCAUGUCAAUUCCUGCUUGCGCUGCUACCGCGUCCAGCCCCAAACGGAACACCAGUUGAUGGGCCAGCUUCCGAAGGUUCGAGUCACUCCGGCUCGAGCGUUCCUCAACACCGGUGUCGAUUCCUGCGGACCCGUCUGGUUGAAGGUCCCCUUACGCCGAACAAAGCCGAUUUCACCGGUUCGAUCAUAUGCCGCCGUCUUCGUCUGUAUGGUCACGAAGGCCGUGCACCUCGAGCUGGUCAGCGACCUCUGCGCUGACGCCUUUCUCGCCGCGUUGAAACGUUUCGUAGCCCGGCGAGGCAAGCCGGCCACCUUGUACUGCGACAAUGCCACCAACUUCAAGGGCGCGGACAGGGAGCUACGAGAACUCUGCAAGCAACUCAAAGACCAACAGCAAAAACAAAAGGUGGCGUCGUUCUGUGCUGAGUCCGCCAUUAAGUUCAACUUCAUUCCUGCUAACGCACCUACGUUCGGCGGCCUCUGGGAGGCCGCAGUUAAGUCGAUGAAACACCACUUCCGAAGAGUCGUUGGCUUGGAAGCCCUGUCAACCGAAGCAAUGACCACCGUACUUUGCGAGAUCGAAGGCUGUCUCAACUCGCGACCGUUGACGGCCCUCUCCGAGGAUCCAAGCGACAUGGGCGUCCUUACACCGGGGCAUUUCCUGGUCGGAUCAUCUCUUCAAGCGAUUCCCGAACCCGAUCUGUGCCAGCUGCCCAACAACCGGCUUUCGCUGUGGCAGGAAAUGCAACGCAGGGUCCAAACAUUUUGGAAGGCCUGGUCGACAGACUAUCUCCACCAGCUGCAGCAACGCACGAAAUACUGUUUCCGGCAGCCGAACGUACUGGUCGGCAAGCUGGUUCUUUUAAAGGACGAUGAUCUCCCUCCGCUCAAGUGGAGCGUAGGCCGAAUCGACUCGGUACAUCCUGGCGCGGAUGGAUUGGUCCGAGAGGUAAAGGUCAGACUUGCAUCUGGCGCAAAAAGAGAAGGACUGCCCGCAAUCGAGGUGACUGAACAGCAGUUUGGCAAGAUCAUGAACGUUGUGUCCACGAAGGUCAACAUCAGUAAGAACCUGAAAACGGCUCUGUUGCAACUUCGUAAGUCGAUGGACGAUGCCCAGCAGGAUCGUGAAGACUGCAGCAGCGACGGAACCGAUGAAAGUUAA